AUGCGGCCACAAUAUCCGCUUCUCGCCGUCGUGGCUGCCACCGAGGCCACUAUCCCAGGAGAAGCGUAUUAUGUAGUCCCUACUGCAUUCCCUACGUCGGUGUAUUCGUCCUACUACGUCCAACCAGGGCCAACACAGGAGCCUCAGCCAGCCAUAUACGAUCCUGUUUUAAACAUCACAUUUCCGCUGAAUCUCACGGACCCAUCAACUAUACCGACGGAAGACCUGGACCCUGUCCUCUAUCCUGUGGCUGCUGCCAAUCUCUCGGAAACCGCCAGCGCUGCUAUUAUAUCGGCAGCUGUAGCCGAGAUCCUUGACAUCAUCUCAGCCAACAAUAGCGGGUUGGCCGGCAAUUGUUCUAAAUGUGUAGCAGCACUAUCGGUUGCGAAGCUGGCGGCAAGUCUGGCUCCCGCAAGUGUCCCGGACGCCAUGGUCGCUCUCUGCCAGGCCACUGGAUUCGGCUCCAACUCAUCGUGCAAGACCACUUACAAAGCGGGCAGCUUUGGGGCUGUGUGGACGCAGGUGUUGGUAAAAGCUGAUGUUGCGGGCCUGGACGGGCAGUACAUCUGCUCUUCGUUGAGCACGAAGUUCUGCAGUACGCCACCGGUGAUUCCUGUCAAGGCCAAAUUCCCGAAGGAGCGGCCGGUUGACACAAGCGUGCCUAUGAGGAGCGGGAAGAGGGCAAAGGUCUUCCAUUUGUCGGACAUGCACUUAGAUCCGCGAUACCAGGUUGGUACAGAAGGGAACUGUACUAACAGGCCUUGUUGUCGGCCUAGCAGUCCUCAAUCGAAUGGAAGUAUGCCAGCUGUCGAGCUUUCGGCUCCUCUUUAUGGUUGGUAUGACUGUGACUCGCCGUACUACCUGGCACUUGCAGCCCUACAGUCCAUAGGACCUUUGACGGGAACAUCUCGAGAUAACCCCCCUGCAAUGACUUUUUACACUGGAGAUAUGGUCACUCACGCGCCUUCCCAAGCCCAGCUGUCGAAAGCCUUUGUCGAAAACGUCGAGGAUGCUCUCCUCCAGAUGUUUAAAGCGUACAUUGGGGGACCCGUUUACACUGCCUUGGGCAACCAUGACAGCAGCCCGGAGAACAACGAUGCCCCUCACAAAAUUGACAAUGACGGACCGCUGGGCAAGCAAUUUUCAUGGAACUAUGACCACAUCUCACAACUGUGGGAGCAUUAUGGCUGGAUCAAUAGCAGUACUCAGGCUGAGGCUGCUUUGCAUUAUGGAGCAUACGCGGUUACUCACCCACUUGGGGUUAGAAUAAUCACCCUCAACAGCGAUUUCUACUACCAGGGCAACUACUACGCUUUCCUGCAUGUUGCAGAUCCUGACUACUCCGGGAUAUUCACCUUCCUCAUCGAUGAGUUACAGAAGGCUGAAGAUGCUGGCCAGCGAGCCUACAUCAUCAGCCACGUCCUGACCGGCUGGGACGGAACAAAUCCCACGCCAGGCGGGGCUGAUUACUUCUAUCAGAUAGUCGAGCGAUACUCUCCCCACGUGAUUGCCGGAGUAUUCUUUGGCCACACCCAUGAAGACCAAGCUUUCAUCUAUUACAGCAACAACGGCACAACGCAGUCUGCUGAGAAUGCCAUUGCCAACGCCUGGGUCGGCCCCUCACUCACCCCACUUACACAUAUUAACUCUGGAUACAGGAUGUACGAGAUAGAUACCGGCUCCUUCGAGGUCAUGGACGCGUACACAUUCUACUCGGAUGUCUCCAAGUUCUCUUCGCUCGAAGGGUCCGGGCCAACCUGGGAGUUUGAGUACUCUACCCGCGACGCGUACGGGGCAGCGGCGGGCUGGGCGGAUAGUGAGCCCUUGAAUGCAACAUUUUGGCAUCGGGUCACCGAGGCGAUGGAGAAGGACAGAAGCCUGGUGUCGCUGCAGAAUACUUACCAGGGAAAAAGUAGUGUUAUGAGCCCCAACUGCACCAGCCAAGCAUGCGCCGAGGCAAGGAUCUGCUACAUGAGAAGCGGAAGCGUUGGACUGGGGAGGCAGUGUCCUCAGGGAUUUGGCAGCGUUCAGAGCCCGUUUACUGGUGAGGACUUCUAG